CUUCACCUCAUCCCCACCUACCCCGAUUCCCUUAGCUUAUAUAUGCACACAAUCAACCAUAAUAACAUUCUGCCAUGCAUCUCCUUCCUUGCUUCUCUGCAUACAUCACAGGCUUCACCAAACAGAUGAUAGAUGGCAACAACGAAGGAGACUGGGAAGAGAAGGAGAAAUAAGGAGUGCUGCCACUUGCCUGAACGUGGAGAGCCGGAGCCAGUGAAUCAAGCCGUAAUCCUGUCUUUGUGUGAGCGGCAACCAGAAAAAUGUGUCUCAAACAAUGAUUUCCAGAGCUUGGCAGUGGAGUGGAAAACGAGACAGCGAGAGAGUGAGAGCGAGCGAGAGGGAGGAAGGCAGAGAGUGAGUGAGGGAGAGCGAGCUAGAGAGAGAGAGCAGCAGCAGAAACGGAGACAGCAGGAGCGUGCGACAGAGAGAGAGAGAGAGGCAGGAGCCACCUUCAAGCCACAGGGACGCUGACAGAGAGAGGGAGCGGAGAGAAAAAGCAGGGCCCGUACACUCCAUCACUCUUCAGAGUCUCCAUGGCCAUGCUGAUGCAUUGCUGGGUGUGUGUGAUCGCUCUGUCACUGACGAUGACCACAAGCAAUGCCUUACAAAGGAUCAGUCUGAAGAAGAUGCCCUCCAUAAGAGAGACUCUGCAUGAGAUAGGUGUGUCCCCAGCCCAGUUCUUUGCUGAAUUGGCCCAGGAAAGCAAAGAUGACCCCUCCACCAGCAACGGGACCACCCCCACCCCCCUCACCAACUACCUGGAUGCCCAGUAUUAUGGGGAGAUCAGUAUUGGUUCUCCUGCCCAGAUGUUCAAUGUGGUGUUUGAUACAGGCUCAGCCAACCUGUGGGUGCCCUCUUUCAACUGUUCCCCUCUCUAUACUGCCUGCUUUACCCACAACAGAUAUGAUGCCUCCAAAUCCCGAACACACAUAGAGAACGGGACAGGUUUCUCCAUCCAGUAUGCCUCUGGAAACGUCCGAGGGUUCCUGAGUGAGGAUGUGGUUGUGGUGGGUGGCAUCCCAGUGGUCCAGGUAUUUGCUGAGGUUACAGCCCUGCCUGCCAUCCCCUUCAUCUUUGCCAAGUUUGAUGGGGUCCUGGGGAUGGGCUACCCCAACGUGGCCAUCGACGGCAUCACCCCCGUGUUCGACCGCAUCAUGUCCCAGCACGUCCUCAAGGAGGACGUCUUCUCUGUCUAUUACAGCAAAGACCCAAUGCACAAACCAGGUGGAGAGCUAGUGCUGGGAGGGACAGACCCAGACUACUACACUGGUACCUUCAACUACAUGGGCACUCGUAAGGCAGGAAAAUGGGAGGUCAACAUGAAAGGGGUGUCUGUGGGGGAGGAGAUGCUGUUCUGUAUGGAGGGUUGCAUGGCUGUGAUUGACACAGGCUCCUCCUACAUUACAGGCCCGGCCUCUUCUGUGUCUGUACUGAUGAAGACCAUUGGAGCCACAGAGCUGGCAGAGGGAGGGUACACUGUGAACUGUGACCGGGUGAAGUCCUUACCCAGUGUCGCCUUCCACCUGGGAGGCCAUGAGUACACACUCACUGAAGAAGACUACAUCUUAUGGCAAUCUCAGUUUGGAGAGGACAUAUGUAGCGUGACCUUUAGGGGUUUGGAUGUGCCGCCCCCUACUGGCCCUAUCUGGAUCCUGGGAGCCAACUUCAUCGCCCGCUACUACACAGAGUUCGACCGUCGCAACAACCGCAUAGGCUUCGCCACAGCAGUCUGACAGGAUCCUUAGCCAACAGGCUUUCACUCUCUCUUGCUUUUUUUUAACUCGCUUUGUCUUUGUCGAUCAGCCUCUAUUUCUCCCUUACUCUCUAACUAUAUCAUUCAGUGUUUCUUUCUCUCUCGUUCUGCGACUCUUUAUCACAGAGCCUGCCCUCUUGUCCAUAUCUUUUUUACAGCUCUUGCAUUCUGCCAUGUCAAGUAGUCAUUUUGAUUUCAAUCUGUGCCAAUUGCACUCUUCUACAUAAUUGUUUUUUAGUUGGCGAUAAUUGACAUGCUGAUAACGACAAUAGACGUAUGUUGUGUUAUAUACUGUAUCAUAUGGCAUGCUGACGUCACACAGGUACCACAUUGCAGCACAAAUCCUCACGUAAUUACACUAUGUCCGACCUCGUAUCUGCAUUGUCAUGACGUAACACGAAUAAAGCUUGUUUAAUUAA